AUGUCAUCGUGUUGUGAGGCACCAAAAUCUCCUCAAUCUCCAUCGAGCGAAGGGGACACUUCUUCUAAAUCAGUCCAAAAAGGAUCGGGGAUUGCAUCUUGGAUUGGCUCCUUUGCGCCAGUGGUCUCGGCUUUUCUCCACAGUUCAUGUUGCUGGCUACCCGCACUCCUCGACCUGACAUCCAUCGGCUCUGCAUCAGCGGCAACCAUCAGUAGCCUUCGACCUGUUUUCCUGUCGAUAACUGUCCUCAUUCUUCUUGACAGUAUUCGUCGACAAGGACUCAACCGUCACAAUUUGCUUCGAAUCUUCGCCUCGGUCUUAGUGUUGUUCAUACCCAAAAUCCAGGGCUUCUAUCAAGAAAUAACAAGGACCGCCCACUACGAUCGGCAUCAUCCCUGCAUCUUCUUUGGCCACUUCUUACCCUCCGAUCGGGAACCAUUCUUGCGCCAAAAAAAAACGCACAAGGAGAUCGCCUCGGCCCUUUCAUACCCAUUUUGGAGUUCUCGCCUUCUCUGGAAGAGGGCUGGCAUCAACACGCUGCGUUGUGUCGUUGGCUGUACACUUGGUGACCUUUCAAUGUUGUGGUUCUUGCAGAGUCAACACCCAAGAUUGGGUAUCUAUACUAUCAUGGGACUUUCCAUAGCGUCAGGGAUCGCCUCCUCAAUGCCACUCGAGACAUUGAUGGUACGAUAUUGCCUCGAUAAACUCGGCUGGCGAGCAGCGGUCACUACUGCCGCAGGGAUGAGUCUGGUUUCAAUCCUGUCAAUGGAAGUUAUUGAAAAUAACGUCGAUUAUCAUUUAAUGGGCGGGAUGGUGGACUUCGCAGAUCCCAAGUUCUGGGUUGCAGCUGCAAUCCCUUCCUGUGCUGGAUUCCUUGCACCCCUCCUAUGUAAUUUAUGUGUGACUGCCAAAGUAUGGUCGAGGACUCGAGCAUGCCAUUGGCACACGCGGCAGUGA